AUGGCUGCAGCUGCAGGUGGCUAUGGAUGGGACACGGUGACAUGUGAUCUGAUCUUUGAGUCCUGUCAAGUGACCCUGCGCGUUGGGGAGGAUGAGCGCAUCCACAUGCUACCGGAGAAGAUGCUGUCACUGUUGCUCAGACAAAGGAUAUGUAUAAAGACCGGGCAGUUCACCAGGCUUCACUCACGAUUUGUCAAAGACCCAGAAGAGUCUUCGCAGAGAGAGAGAGAGAGAGAGAGAGAGAGAGAGAGAGAGAGAAAGAUGGCUUCACAGAUGUCUGCAUCGGAUAUGUUGGAUUGGCAGUACGACGGUCUUCAGACACCUCAAUAUGCGGACGCAGCGACGCAGACACCACCGCUAUACGGCGGACCCAGGAGGCAACAGCCGGAGGCAACGGGCUAUUCGAUCGCAAGCUGUUCUACCGACUACGGGCUGCCUCCUCGACCGAACAUCCAGCAACGCAGCGACCCGAAACCGAGUCGUUCAACCGACUACGCAUCGCCUCCUGAACCGAACGUCCAGUACUACAACGAGACGAAACCGAGCUGUUCUGCCGACUACGCCCCGCUUCCCAAACCGAACAUCCAAUACAACAACGAGACCGACGGAUUGGAAGUCAGGUUUCCCAUAGGGGAAAACGUCUUCGCCACGAUUGGUCGUUUCAAGGGGAAACCGCUGAUGGGUGUGCGACAGUUUUAUCGCCCGUACCCAGAACAAAAGAACUUGUGGAGAGCCAGUAAGAAAGGGCUCGUUCUGUCUCCAGAUCAAUGGCGUGUUCUCAAACAGAACAUGUCGGGUGUGUCGGCAGCCCUGCUCUCCUGCACGUUCGCAGCCAUGCCGUACGACAGUGCUCUGUUCUCUCCUCGUCGCUUUGGGUUGGGGAAUCUACGAUACGCCAUCGUGGAGAUCUUCAGAGGGAAACCGGUCUUGGCGUUGCGAGAGUUCUACCGACCGAAGGAUGGUUCUGACAAAAUCCUCCCCGGCAAGAAAGGGAUCAACUUGUCCACGGAUCAGUGGCAGGCUCUGGAGGCACACAGCCAGAAGAUGGAUGCAGUGCUGGAAGCGGUGCUGAAACACGAGGGCUAUCCCAGCAACGAUCUCAUCACGAAGAUCUUAGAGGAGUAG